AUGGCGGCGUCCAGGGGCACGGGAGUGCCGGGCCGCGGGGGCCGCCGCGGGCGCGUGGCCCCCAGGAGGCACGGGGGCGGCGGGGAGGGGGCCCUGAAGCGGCUGAGGCUAGCAGUGGAGGAGUUCGUGCAGGCCACCUCCGCGGGCGGGCCCCCCGGCGGCAGCGCGCGGCUCCGGGCGGAGGGGCGCGUGCGCCCGGGCGGGAGGAAGAGCCGCAGGGAGCUGAGGAAGGAGAAGCGACACCUGAGGAAGGCGCGCCGGCUGCGGAGGGCAGCGGGCCCCGCGCAGGGCCCAGGCCCGAGAGAAGACGGAGCCGGGGGAGCGAUCCGGGGCGGUCCCUCCGGGGCGGACGGGGAUGAGGGCGUCCGGGCGCCCCCACGGCGGACCCCACGGCCUCCCGAGCACCUGCGCCCUCGCCCCGCCCCGGCCGAGGCCGCGCCGGCCGGCGCCCAGGCCAAGGGUCCGCCCGGGAGGACCGGGCCCGCCGUCGCCGCCGCCGCCGCCGCCGCCCGGAAACGAGCGCUGCUGGCGGCCAACGAGGAGGAGGACCGGGAGAUCCGGAAGCUGGAGCGCUGCCUCGGCCUGAACAAGCGCAGGCGGAGGGGCGACGCGAGCUGCGUGCCGCUGAGCUUUGCCCGCGACGGGCUCGACUACAUUCUGGGAGCCCUGGAGUCUGGGAAACAUGGUGGCCUGUAUGAGAGCAGUAGUGAGAAGGAGGAGGAUGCCGGACAGACUCUCCCCGAAAUUGAGGACGAGAGUGACCCCGAGGCCGGAGGGGAGGAGGAGCAGGACGAGGACGAGGACGAGGACGAGGACGACUUGGUAGAGGAAGAGGAGGAGCAGGACGCAGAGGCGGGAGUGCAGAGCGAGGACGAGGACGUAGAAGAGGAAAAGCGAAAAAAAGCCAAAGAAGUGGAAGGGAGAGCCAAGGAGAAAAAGGGGAAAAGGAGAGUCCAUUUUGCAGCAGAUGAAGAAAGGAGAGAAAAUUCCUCAGAGCAUGUUGACACAACAGAUCAGCAGAGUCUUUGUGAAAAUGGUGAAAAGUACAUCCCGCCUCAUAUGAGGCGAGCAGAGGAGACAGUGGAUGCCCAGAAAAAGGAAGAACUAGAAAGGCUAAAGAGACACAUCAAAGGUCUCAUUAACAGGUUGAGUGAACCGAACGUGGCCUCCAUAAGUGGACAGCUGGAGGAGCUGUAUAUGGCCCACAGCAGGAAGGACAUGAAUGACACUCUGACGGGCAUCCUCAUGAGUGCCUGCGCUCCAGGCACACCCGUGCCCAGCAGGCUGGUGAUGGAGCAUGUCCUCCUGGUCAGCAUUCUUCACCACACGGUCGGGAUCGAGGUCGGCGCUCACUUCCUGGAAGCUGUGGUGAGGAAGUUUGAUGACGUCUAUAAAAACGGAAGUGAAGGCAAAGAGUGCGAUAACCUGUUUACCAUCAUUGCCCAUUUGUAUAACUUCCAUGUAGUACAGUCUCUCCUCAUCUUUGACAUUUUGAAAAAGCUUAUUGGAAGUUUCACAGAAAAAGAUAUUGAACUGAUCCUGUUAAUGCUGAAAAACGUGGGCUUUUCGUUGAGAAAAGAUGAUGCUUUGUCACUUAAGGAACUGAUUGCUGAGACCCAGGCCAAGGCCAGUGGGGCGGGCAGCAUGUUCCAGGACCAGACCAGGAUUCGGUUUAUGCUAGAGACGAUGUUGGCACUGAAGAACAAUGACAUGCGUAAAAUUCCAGGGUAUGAUCCUGAGCCUGUAGAGAAACUGAGGAAAUUACAAAGAGCUUUGGUUCGCAAUGCUGGCUCAGCUACGGAAACUCAGCUCCGCGUCUCCUGGGAUGGUGUCCUGAAUGCUGAGCAGACCGGGCGCUGGUGGAUUGUGGGGUCUGCGUGGAGCGGAGCCCCGAUGAUUGACAGCAGGCAGCAGAAGAUCCCGCAGAAGCAGCUCGUAGGGACGGUUAGUGCAAAGAUAUUAGAACUCGCCCGAAAGCAGAGAAUGAACACCGAUGUCAGGAGAAACAUAUUUUGUACAAUAAUGACGAGUGAAGAUUUUUUGGACGCAUUUGAAAAGCUUCUAAAGCUUGGACUUAAGGAUCAGCAGGAGAGAGAAAUAGUUCAUGUUCUCAUGGAUUGCUGCCUUCAAGAGAAAACAUACAAUCCUUUCUAUGCAUUCCUGGCUAGCAAGUUUUGUGAAUAUGAAAGGAGGUUUCAGAUGACUUUCCAAUUCAGCGUAUGGGACAAAUUUCGGGACUUAGAAAAUUUGCCAGCUGCUAAUUUCUCUAAUUUGGUUCAUCUGGUGGCCCACUUGUUGAAAACAAAAUCACUUCCACUUUCCAUUUUAAAGGUAGUUGAAUUCAGUGAAUUGGACAAACCCCGAGUCCACUUUUUACGGAAAGUGUUAUAUAUGCUGUUAAUGGAAACAGAAACUGAAGACCUUGGUUUAAUUUUUGCAAGAGUAUCUGACAACCCGAAGCUGGGCAUGUUGCGAGAAGGUCUGAAGCUCUUCAUCAGCCACUUCUUGUUAAAGAGUGUGCAGGCCCACAGAAGCGCUGAGGAGGCCAGCGUGCUGAGAGAGAGAGCUGACCUCGCAGCCAAGUCUUUGCACAGGAAGGCUUCCUUGAGAAUGUAGUCUCGGAGGAGGAGAGGAAGGGGUGGUCAUUUGUCUGUAAAAUGUCCUUUUUAAACCAAAAGGCCUAUUGUUCUGCUGACUAUGUGUAAAACCUUAGUGGAGCUAUAUCAUGGUCUCUUGUAUUUAAAAUAUUGUAUUUGGAGGUAACUUUUGAAUACGAGGUUAUAUUAUAUUUGUGUUUUAAACCGUUUUUAAAUAACUAUAUAUAUGAGGUGGGGGAAAGGACAAGAAGGCAGGGAGGGGCAGACACGGGGCAGUGUUCUCUACAUAACGAGACUGGGGUGUGGUGUGCAAGUGUGUGCACGCACACAUGUGAGUGUCUUAUUUUUUUAAUAGACCAAAUAAGCCACUAGAGGGUGCAGUUCUCAUAAAAAGAUUGAUGCAUUUUUAUCUUUUUUCUAUAUUGGUUAAAAGUUCAAAAACCAUCAGUUUAAUGUGGCACCUGCUAUUUAGUUGAUUAUUUCAAGUAUUUGGAAUGCAAGUGUUUUGUAAAAGUCAACAAUCAACUUAAGCCUUGCAAAUACUGGUACAAUAUAGUAUAUAUGGGAGUUUUUCUUCAUUACUCCUCCAAAAUUCUGACACGGUGAAAGACGUUCUUCUCUGUUUGUGUCUGUCGCUUACACUCAUCAACUCCAGUUGUAACGCGCAAUCCUAAACUAAUAGACGGUGGAUGCUUCCCGAGUGCUGCUGGCUGCGCUGGGUUCCGGGAGGUGUGAACACACAGGAAGCAGAAGCGCCGCCGGUGAGGAGUUAACAUCUGGUGAGAGGGACACCCUGAGUCCUACGUCCGGUACACUCUGCUUCUGAGAAGAGGUGAAAACGUCCUGGCAUACUGCCAUCUGCCACAGAUUCACAAAUGUCUGUUGUUUUUCCAGCCCUCAGAAUUUGCUUCUCUCUCUUAAAUGCUGCAAACUUGGUUUAACUGUCACCUUUAAUUGUUGAAAAACGUCACCAAGAUGUGAGUAUAGGAUAGUAUUUUAUAUACUGCGUACACUCGCGUACCCUACAGCAUACUGUCCUUCAAAGAGUGGCUGCCUUGCAAAGCUGCAUGACCAGAGUGAGGUCACUCCUCUUCAGACUCCCCGUUUGUCACGUACUUUCAAAUAGCAUCUAACGUGACCCUACGGCAGUGUGUGUUUAGAAAUCAUCGUGUGAAGUCAUAAAUGUCUCUGUGUGUGUCCCUGAACUAAUGGUUUAAGUGUUGAAGUGUGCAAGGCACGUAAGAAGGUCUUCUGCUAAGAGUGACUGCAGAACGACUAGAGACUGGGCUGGUGCUGGUUAGCCCUCCGUUCGGGAACCACCUCAGGCCACGUGCAGCCGCAGCCCUGUGUCUUCGGCCGUCUCUGAACUCAGAAGACAGAGAGGGAAGGCUGCAGGUGUUAGCAGCGCACUGUGUGAGAGGGGCUUUCGGUCAAAGCCGUCUGCUGGGUGGUGAUGGGGUGUGAGAGAUCAGUGCGGCUCAAGGUGCCUGCCCACGAGGACGAGGAGCCGGGCUAGCGCGAGCCGGCGCACGCUGCCUUCGUCCAGAGUCCUGCUCUGCAGAAGGGAGUGUCAGUUGCACCGGACAGUGUGUUUAGUGACAGUGGACUUAGUUCUGGUGCCAGCUCCCGUCUCCGAGUGUUCACAGACUGGCGGCUGGUGCGUGGACCACACCUGAGUAGCACUGAGGUAACUGAGUCAGAGUUAAUUCUGGAAAAAUGUCACUGCAGUGCUGCCAUCUAACUUCAUACGUAGCGUGGUCACUAAACCUUGCUGAGGUAUAGAUGAGCUCAGGCUGACUUCUGCAGAAGAUAAACUUCUGUAAACUGGAUCCCAUUUUUAUAUUGUCCUUUAUUAUUAAAAUAAAAUGUCCUUCUCUCUGCCAUGGGA